AUGAUUUGGAGGCAGGAAAGCAGCCAAUGUGGGCAAGUCCCAUCCAGGUCUGUGUUGGACUGGGCCCUCCCUCCCGGCCUCUGCCACCCGUGUGCCCACAAAGGUUCAGUGCCCUCUGUUCACAUGCCCACCCAUGUGGCAUUCCAAGCCACAGGCUGGUCCUGGAGCCCUGGGUCAGGAUACAGUCAGCCCUUCAAGGUUGAGCGCCCCUUGGUUCUCUUCCUGCUCCUGGGGUGGUUCUGGAGUGGAGUGGAGAGCAACUCUGGUUUUGAAACACACUUUGCUGUGGUCAGAACACUUAACAAAGUGUGUUAA